AAACACUCUCAUAGUUCACAUAUCAACAAAGACUGCCAUCUAUUAAAAGCCUGUUGCAUGAACGGAUUGUGAAAUUCCCCAGUCGAAAUAUCUUGAUCAUCUUAUUCAGUGUGCACUUAGAGACGUGUAUAAAGCCGAAUUAAGAUAAUCCCAGGCCUAUAUAAAGUGCAGCGAUUAUAUCACACCCAUGUCAUUUACCAACAUGGACAGUAAGGAGGCCAACGUUGAGAGCGCACCUGCUUACAGUGGGGAGCAACCCCCUUCGUACGAGUCGAUUUUUGGAAAGAUUAAACAUGCCAAGGAAACGUCUGACGGUAAUGUCGGGUUCGCUAAGGCGGCCAUGGGGAUUCUGUGUGCAUCAGUUGGGUGCACGGUUAUGUUGGGGGUCACAAUGGCCAUCCCUAUCGCCAGCAUCAUCAUCGGUGCCUCGUACUUAGACGACUGUCCCCUGGAGAAGUACAUUCCCAUCUACCUCGUUGUUUCCGGUAGUGUGGGCUUGUUUUACAACGUUUUCGGAAUCAUUAAAACAACCUGCUGUAAGAAGAACACAGAGGAGGGGGCGGUGGAACAAGAGGAGGGGGCGGCCAGCAAGCUGGGGACGUGCCUGUCCUCCCUCCUCAGCUGUUUCAUGUCGGCUUGGUUCAUUGCUGGAAACGUGUGGGUCUACGGCUCCCAUAGCGACCUCAGCACAAACUCUGCUUCCGUAAACUACUGUCACCCGACAGCGUAUUACUUCACGUUUUGGGUCAUUACUGCCUGUUACAUUAUAAUCGGGCUCGUCAUUCUGCUGUCCUGUUGUUGCUGCAUAGCUCUCUGUUUUUGCGGUAAAAAAGAAUAGAACAAGACAUAAUGUAGACUCUCAGAAUAUUGAAUAUAUUAAAUGUUGUAGAUUUUGAAAUUAUCUGUUCUUAUACUCUAAUACCUCUCAGGGACUCUUUGGUACGAGAAAAUCUAUCUUAAAGUAUUUAUUAAUUUCUCUAUAUCUCAUUUACGUUUGAAUAUUAUGUUCGGAGUUAUCAAAUAAGAAACAAAUUUUAUGUUUGUCAUUUUGUAUCUAGUUUUGAUUUCUAAGCCACAUUUACAUUAGCGAUCAGUGAAUUUGACUGAAGGCUGGCUUUUACACGGAACAAGAAUAUUCAAGUUAGACCAAAAAUUAAAUGGCCUAUGUUUUCUACCAGUAUCCACGUGUAACAUAAUUCCUGUGCCUGUUAUGUAUGGUUUGCAAGCAGAGAAAAGUUUAAUUGCGUGUAAAUCAGUAACUCUUCUGUGUAGAUUUAACAAGAGGUCAUUGUGUAUCUAUUCAUUUAAAUGUACAUUGUACAUGUAUUAUCCAUUACAUAGACGUUGUUGUUUCCAUUAUGUUAAUUUUUCUCUUUUGUUAUAAAUAUUGUCAUCUUAAAAUUAAAAGUGGAGUAUAUGUAA